AUGAAUCUACACCAAUUUCGUUUUGUGCAAGAAGCCGUACGCCAAAAGCUCAAUCUCACCGAAGCCGCAAAAGCAUUGCAUACCUCUCAGCCAGGAGUUUCCAAAGCCAUCAUAGAACUGGAAGAAGAGCUGGGUAUAGAGAUAUUUGCCAGACAUGGCAAGCGCAUAAAGCGAGUGACUGAGCCAGGCACUGCCGUGGUAGAGUGUAUAGACCGCAUUAUGGUGGAAAUUGGCAAUCUUAAGCGCAUAGCACAAAACUACGGAAACCAAGACACAGGAACACUCUCCAUUGCCACUACGCAUACCCAGGCGCGCUAUGUGCUACCUGGGCCGAUUAGCAAAUUGCGCGAGCGCUAUCCCCAUGUCACUAUCUCGUUGCACCAAGGUUCACCCAGCGAAGUCGCCCAGAUGCUACAAGACGAAGUGGCAGACAUUGGUAUAGCCACAGAGUCGCUACAAGAUAAUGACAAUCUCGUGAGCUUGCCUUUUUAUGAAUGGCAGCAUAUGCUUAUCAUGCCCAAAACCCAUGCAUUGGCGCAAAAGCAGACCAUACAUCUUGAAGAUCUUGCCAUGGAACCUCUGGUCACUUACCAUCCAUCUUUUGCGGGUCGCAGCAAAAUUGACUUAGCGUUUGCCCAAAAAAAACGCGUACCUAAAAUCGUGCUGGAAGCCAUAGACUCUGAUGUGAUUAAAACCUAUGUGCGCACGGGUUUGGGCAUCGGAAUUGUGGCCGAGGUGGCGCUAGACCCUACGCAGCUGCAAACCACGGAUGCUGACUUGCAUGUCGUACCAGCUGGGGAAUUGUUUGGCCAGAAUUUGGCGCGAGUGGCUUUCAAGCGUGGCGCAUAUUUGCGCAAUUUUGUUUACGAUUUCACCGAAUUGUUAAGUGAUCGUUUAAGCAAAAAUCUGGUUCAAAAAACGCUACAAGGCAAGUUUGCACCUGAUGCAGAUUAUUAG